UAUACGUUUUGGCAUAGUAAAACUAACAUUUAUAAAAAUACUUUGUUUAAAGUACAGAUAUUGCGUUUUCUACGUUUAUUUGUCUUUGGGGUGGCUGGUGUGUGCAGUUGAUGUGGUUUUGUUUUGUACCGAUUAAAGCUCAAGAGUCGACCUAAAAGAUGAGCUCCCUUGUCUCUGAGCGGCCAGUAGAUAUCUUGGCUGAGAGAGAUUCAGACAGUGGAAUGGGCUCACCAAUGGAGGAGGCUGUGACUGUCACCAACAUGGUCACGGAGGAGCAGCAAGAUUCAGAUGAGGAAAUAGCAGUGAGUCGGAAGGGACGCUCUCGAAAGGCACUGCAGGACAGCGACAGUGAUGGAGAGCAAGAAGAUGUUGGAAUGGCAAAAGCUCUGCUCCUGUCAGAGUCCAGCGAUGAGGAGACAAAGACCAUUGAGACCGAGGGCAUCAAAAAAAAGCGGGGGAAUAGAAUAUCCCGCAUCUCAAAGGAUAGCGAUGCGAGUGAGCCAGAGAAAGAUGAUGUUCAAGUCAAGCAAAAAGAAAAGAAAAAGAGGGAGAAGUCACAAAGACGCAAAGAAAAAGAGAAGCGCAAUGUUGCCCUUGUGAAGCGACUGAAAGAAAAAAAUGAAGAUCCCCUUCCACUCAAAGCACUUAAUGACAGUGGUUGUCUGCUGGGAGACCCUGAUCUAUUUGAUGCCCAGCUGGAGGAAGAUUCUGAACAACUGUUGGAUGAAGAGUCUCUGGAUGCCAUCCGAUCAGCUGUGAAAAAGAAGGCUAAACACAAACCUCAUGUUUCUGAGUUCAGUGGCGACGAAGAACAGGAGAAUAAACCACAGCGAAAGGAGAGGAAAGCAGCGAAAGCCAGCAAGGAGGCACUCAAACAGCUCCACAGUGAAAGUCAGAGACUAGUGCGAGAGUCCAUGGUCAGUCUGCCAUAUUACAUGCCAGAGCCCAAGAGUAUAGACCAGUUCUUUAAGAGAAGACCUCGCCCAGAGGGAUCUGCCAUGGCUUUGCUAAAGUCUGCCAAGUACCAGGCUUGUAUAUUAAAAGCCAGUGCAGCACCACCUCCAGAUCAAACCAAAACCUCUCAGCACAUGCCUGAGCAGGACACAAGCCCUCAGACAGACUUCUCUGUGGUGUGCAAAAACCAGUCAUCCACCACAUCCCUGCCUCUAACAGACACAACCAUUAGCACUAAUGAAGGAGAAUCACAAACCUAUGUUAACUCUACUGAAACACAAGCAGAACCUGAAAUAUGCACUGUUGAACCCAAAACUGUGGGUGAAGAAAGAGACACUCUCACUGAGAAGGAAAUCAAGGGAGUUGAAUUUUCAGAUCAGGCAAAGCAAAUGGUCUCAGCUGAGCAGGCCCAGACUGGUGCUGAGGUUUCUGUGCAGGCAGGACCUCCUAUUAUCAAUCCUGAACCAGAGGUGCUCAAACCUCGGAAAGAUAAGCUGACUAGGCUAAGAGAGCUUGGUCUAGAUCCUCCUCCUGUGGCAAAACUGUGUGCUGAUGAUGGGGCUUUUGUUCAGCUGGAGCCACCUCAGGAAAACCCAGCUUUAAAAGCACUACAAGAACGGUUCAUGAAGCAUAUCCAGCCUGCUCCUCGUACUAAAGGGGAGCGCAUUUUGAAGCUUAAUGUGGUGAGAAAAGAGAGUACCCCUUCUGGACAGGAAGAACUUCUCUCUGAAUCAAUCAUGAUCACAGUCAAUGAGGGAAAGGAGGAGCCUGCAAAUGCCAAACCAGGUGAGAAGCUGGUUCUGUUGAAAUCUCGUUUGCAGCAGGCCAUGGCCAUCCGCAGAAAGGAGGAAAGGGAGCGAAGAGCUGCUCUGUAUCGCCUUGACAAUGAGGAUUGCGAAGAGGAGGAAGAGGAAGCAGAGAUGACUGAGUCAGAGGAUGAAGAGGGAGUUGAUGAGUUGUUAGGUGGUGGUGAUGCUGAGGAAGAAGAAACUGAGGCAGCGGAGGAGGAGGAAGAUGAUGAAGUUUCACUGAAAACAUGCCCCUCCCCUGACUUUAAAAGUCCCUCUCCUACUCCAGCAGAAAAUGAUGGGACACUCAUGCUGUUUGCUGGCAACUCCUGCUCCCGCACUGGGGAUGGAUUGAGAAGAUCAGGACCAGCUGGCCAUGAAACCAACAAUAAAAUGGAGGAGGAUGACACUCUUUCACUGGCUAAGGACAGCAGUCAUAACAGUAGCUUUGAGCUUAUGAGCUCAAUGAUCCCGUCAUAUCAGCCAGUCAGUAGAGCUGCAGGCAGGGGCCUGUCAGCCAGUGCUUUCCGCUCUCCCUCCCCCUGCUUCUUCAGACCCAGCUUCCUCGGCUCUGCCUCAAAGAGCUCGGGUAAGCUGUCCGAGCCCUCCCUCUCCCUCCCUGUCGAGGACUCUCAAGACCUUUAUGCUCCAUCUUCCCCGAGUGAGUCUGCCCUCCCUCCAGCAGGGGACUCUCAGGGUCGCUUCUCAUUGGAGGAGGACACCCACUCCCAACUCCUGGAUGCUGAUGGCUUCCUAAAUGUCGGUCCUCGUGGUGCACCCAGCCGCUCUCACAAACGGCAGCUUAUACUAGACAGCCUGGAUGAAAACGCCAUGGAUGCUAACAUGGGUGAACUUUUAGGACUCUGCACAGGGGGCUUUGGCUCAGGGCAGAGCCAGCCUGGGGUCUCUCAGGUUGGGGCAGAGGAUGAGCUGCUGGGGUUGUGCUCUGGAGCUUUUUCCACACAGCCUGGAGAACCAGCAGUCAGGCCCGGGGGGAAGAACAAGACCUUGGAGCCUGAGGAGCAAAGAGCGGAGUGUCAUGGCAGCUCAGAUGUAGACAUGGACCAGCUGUUGGCUCUCUGCUCUGGCAAGUUCACAGGCAACCCAUCUGCUUCAUCAGUGCGAUCAGUCUCCAGUCCUGUCUUUGAAAAGCCAUCUAAAACAAACAGGAAGAAGGACAUCAUGGAAGAACAACAAGAGGAGGAGGAGGAGGAGGAAGAGGAAGGUGACUGUGAGUUCCGGCUCCUGUCAGAUAUAGACAGCAUCAGUGAAAAGGAGGAAAAUGAUGAUGAAUCGGAUGCCGAGGAAGAGGAGAAUGAUAAUGAAGAGGAGGAGGAAGAAGAAAGAGAAGCAGUCUUUGGGCCACGCCCUGGCAAAAAGAAAAUACGCCUGGCAGAGUUUGUAGAUUCAGAGGCAGAGCUUUCUGGCAGUGAGGUAUGCAGUGAGGAUGAGGAUGAUGAUGGCAUUGAUGAGUAUGAGGAUGAAGACAUACAGGAAGAGCUGCCAUCAGAUGAGGAACUGAUGGACCAAGUCAACAAAAUUCACAUGAAACAGGUCUUGGAUGAUGAUAAAAGAAGACUGCGAUUGUAUCAGGAGCGUUACCUUGCUGAUGGAGACCUGCACUCUGAUGGACCCGGAAGAGCUCGCCGCUUCCGAUGGAAAAACAUCGAUGAUAACUUUGAGUUUGGUGGAAUGGGUCCUGAUGGAGAUGAGGAACAGGAGGAUGAAGAAGUGGAUCAAUUGGAGUUACAAAGACGUAAAGAGCGGCUAGAGAGGGAGCAGUGGAUAAGAGAGCAGAUUGAAGCUCAGGCCAAAAAGGGUAAAGCUGUAGAAGACCCAGAAGAUGAAGAAAAGGUUGGAGAGGAGGACAGUCAGUUUAUGAAGCUGGCCAAGAAGCUAACUGCCAAGACCCUUCAAAAGAAAGAUAAUCCAGCUGUUCCUCUGCAAGAGAAGGCAGCUCUCAAUACCAACCAGUUCAGAAAACCAUUACAGCCCACUGUGGUCAAAAGAGGCUCAUUACUCAGUCAGCCUCGAGCAAUGUUGCAAAAGUUAGCCAACAUCUCUGACAGCAACCCCUUAGCCCCUCGAAAUUCACGAGGUUUCCUCUUCCAAACCCUAUCACCGGAAAGGGAGUCACCUGCAUCAGAGGGACACAAAAAACAAAUUAAGAAACGAGGACAGAUGGGCUCCUUGGCUCCUGCUGCCAAGCGACCAUGUCUAGGGAACUCCCUCAAAGCCCCAGGACAACCACGAAGUAUUUUCAGCUAUCUGGAGAACUGAAGUUGCUUCUGACAUCCCUAGUAUUGUUGACAAUUUAUAAUUUUUGAUCCCACAAGCAAACCAAACCACAUAAUGACUUGGAUGUGUUUCUAUCAUGUAAAUAUUGUGACCUCC